CCUGCGUGACUUCAGCUUUAGAUGAGCUUGUCAGGGAGAACAGACACACAUGCUCACAAACACACGUACACACACACACACACUGGAACGGCUGUCAGCUCUGAAGGUGAAGUGGGCUGGAGGUCACUACAAUUGACACACACACACACACACACACACACAAGAAGAGAGACACACAGACACAUAUGGGCUCACACAUAACUCCUUGGUUGUGUGCACAGACGGGACUGCUAACCCAGAUUGAAGGUGACUGACAGUGGUGAGGCUCGACUUGAAGUGGGUGGUUGACUUUUUGCCACGGCCCCUGACAGUGGAACUCUCCUGAGGGACCUCCGCGCAGUUCAAUGGGAUUUUAAAGGGUUGACUGCUCUGCUCUGCUCACCCCUGCAGACUGUGAGUGCGUCCCUCCCAAGGACCUCCCGAGACCCCCUGACAACCCCCCCCGCACCCACCCCACGCCCCUCUCUCUGAUAGAGGCAGGAGCAGCUGAGCCCAGCCCCACCAAACACACACAACCUGAGGAGAAGUGAACAGACCCAGAGAAGACAGCACAGCGGGACUGAGGUGUGGGAGAGCGCGGUGUCACAGAUGGAUGUGUUAGGAGAGAUGGGGGGACUUCCUGACGGGCGGCUGAAGGAGCGCGCGGACGUUCCUCCCGAGGACGAGACCGUCUGCGCGGCUCUGGGGCGCUACGAGGCCACCCUGCGGGACGCCGUUCGGGAGAUCCGGGCGGACGUGGGCGCCUUCAAGGCGGGGGUGGAGCAGCGGCUGGACGAGGCGGGCCGGGCCAGCGGGCCCCUGGGCCGGGCCGUGUCCCAGCUCCAGCAGGAGAACCGGCAGCUCCGCGGCCAGCUGGAGGCGCUCACGCGUCAGCUGGAGGCCUUGACCGGCACGGUGUGCGACAGGAGCGCUCUGACCAAUCACAGCUCCCACCGGGGGACCCACUCGCCCGCUUCCCCCACCAGCGCCACCCCCCCGGGCGUCUCCGCCGGGCCCAGCCCGGCCCCUGCCCUCUCCCCCACUGCCACACGCUUCUCCAGCCGGGCCACCUUCGCCCUCUUCAACAAGACCAGCAGUGUGGAUCGGGAUGAGCCCAUUGAGGUAGAUCCAGCCCCAGCCCCUGCCCCUGCCCCUGUAGUGGUACAAAAUGGGCACCAGCCUGCAUCAGAGAGCUCUGCCCUGCCUGCAGAAGUGAGAUCGCCUCAUACUGAUGUCCCCCAAGAGCAUAUAGCCCCCAUGUCCAUGGUGAGGCCACACCUGCCCAUCACCGCCACAACCAAAAUGGCCGAAUCCUCUGUCGCCUCAGUAACUAAAAGCCAAGAGUCUCCAACCAGUCCUAUUCAAGCCCCGCCUUCGGCUCCGACAGAGGUGCAGCCACCCAGCCAUUCAACGAGUGACACGCCACCCCAAACUGUGUCAGAGACUCCUGUCAUACCAGCACCUACAGUGAAGACUUGGGCCCCAAGUCCCAUCCGAGCGAUGGGUUCCCCUCAGAUCCCAGAUAAGGCCUCUUCGGCACCUUCCAAGACAGUGAGUUACUCAGGAAUUGGCUCAGCCAAUACAGAGAGGGACGGGGAUGUGGGUGCGCCGAUGGCCUUUGGGCGGGGUGUGGAACGGAGGCGGGAGCUAGUGAGGUCACAGACGCUGCCCCGCUCCAUUGGAGCUCAGGCACGCCGCUCCCUCUUCGAGAAGCUGGACUCCGACCCCAGCAAGCCUAAAGCCAUGGACUCCAAGCCCAAACUGAAACGCUCUCAAAGUUUUGGGGUGUCCAGCGCCAGCAGCAUCAAGCAGAUCCUCCUGGAGUGGUGCCGGUCCAAAACCAUUGGAUACCAGAACAUUGACAUCCAGAACUUCUCGUCCAGUUGGAGCGAUGGCAUGGCUUUCUGCGCCCUGGUGCACUCCUUCUUCCCCACCGAGUUUGACUACAAUGCACUGACACCCACCAACCCCAAGCACAACUUUGAGGUGGCCUUUGGCACAGCAGAGGACAAGGCGGGCUGCGACCGGCUCAUUGAGGUGGAGGACAUGAUGGUCAUGGGCCGCAAACCAGACCCCAUGUGCGUCUUCACCUACGUCCAGUCCAUGUACAACCACCUGCGUCGCUUCGAGUGACGCGCCGAGACACGCCAGCUCCUAGCCCUGCUCAGGGACAGAACUCUAACACCUUCAGACGUCAGUUUGGCCAUGGACAUUAACAUACACUCAGAGACAACCCAAAGUUUACAAGUGCCUAGAGGAUGACAGUAAUGUGUGUGCAAGUAGCCCUGACUUAGCCUUCGCUGUACUUUCCUCCAACGUAGGGGGAAGGUUGCUCGCUAAACCAGUGAUCGCCCAUCUCGUUUUCAUCCACUCGUCCUGGCUGCCCUUACAAGCAGUGUCUCAGAGAGCAGUCAGAGAGUGCUGACCGGUGUUGGCAGUAGCAGUGGGCACGCUAGCUUUCUGUAAGUUAGCACCACUGUUAGAAGCAGAGUCAUUUUGCCUUUUCUCAACAGCUGAUCCAUCCUUAUUUCAGCAGACCACUGCAGUGCUGAUUUCCCAAAGAACAGCCAGGCCAACGCUAACAAGCUAGUGCGCUAGCUGGCAUUCUGUCCCUCCCUCCCUCUCUCUCCCUCUCUCAUACACAUUCUCUCCCUCUCUCUCUUUCUCUCUCUCUCUCUGACACACACACACUCUCUCCCUCGCUCUCUGCCCCCCCCCCUCCUCUGUUCAUGCUUGUUGUUCAGAGCAUACUGACAGAAGUAGAGGAGGGGGUAAAAGGCUAUGGACAUAUGCCCUGGUCUGUUCUGGUCUGGCCCACAGUGCUUGGGAUUGUGAGGCAGCAGCAAAGCCCUUGUGGAGAAAAGCAUCUGAUGAAUUCUGCCUCGUCUCACAGCCACAGAAAAGCCCCGGGAAGAACACAGACGCCAUCCAGUGGAACCACAUUCACAGACUGUCCAUACCUACCAUGAACAUUUUUACAAAACAUUUCAGAGGACUGGAGACUGUAAUUCAGUAGUGUUUCUUUUUUGUUUGCCUAGAAGGAGUGCUUGGGAGCUGUGGUAAAAUGUUAAUCUUUUUUUGGAAUGUUUUUGUGUUUGAUUCUAUUGCUGUUAGCAGGUGUUUGGCACCAUGUUUUGUUAAAGUGUUCCCCCUAUGUAAACCUCACCUUACUUCACCAAAGUGCCUGUGUCCUGUGGGAACUGCAUCUACUCUCAGGCUACAUAUUCACUGAUGGGAUAUAGUACAUGGCUCAGAACCUCAGUUUGACAGUUGCGUCAUUUAAAUUUCAGCAUUCGAGUGAAGGCAGGUGAGUGGAAAUAUUAUUCUGUCAUGAAACUGUGACCUACAAAUCACUGCCAAUGUGUGUAAAACUGUACUAGCUGGAAAAUGUUCAGAUAAAAGGUAAACUCUACCCUACUUACGAAUAUUUAUUAGGAUAGAAAAGGAGAACAGUUCCUGCUGUAUCUCUUUAGCAGGGAUUGGCUAAGUGUUUUCAUUGGAAAAUUAGCAGGGUAUUUUUCUAGUAGUCUGUGGCCUGUUGCAUACAAAAUCCUUUGACAUCACAUAUACAGGUACAUUGGAUAUGUAAAAAGAAUUAGUUAUGUAAAUAACAAUAAGCUCAACUGCUGACAGUGUUUGCUGUACUACUUGUGUGUGUGUGUUUGUGUGUUUGUGUGUGCGUGUAUGUAUGUGUGUGUGUGUGUGUGUGCACAUGUGUGUGUGUGUGUGCGUGUGUGUGUGUGUGUGCAUGUGGGCGUGUGUGUGUGUGUGUGUGUGGGCAUGUGUGUGUGUGUGAUUCAUGUUCAUGCAAUAGGAUGCAUUCACUAUGGUGGCUGAAGCUGAGAUCCACAAGAAGACCCAUGACUGUUUCCGGGGCACCAGAAAAAUAUAAAACAAGAUGAGAUUAAUCUUUACUCAUGCCAUCAUCUUUGUCACAUAUUCACAUAUUAGUGCUGAAGCCACCAAACGGUGCCUUAAUUAGCUAGAAAUAUAAUAUAUACAAUAUUAGUGCAAGUGUUAAUUGCCCCGUUUGUCACACACAUCUACAACAUUGGAGCGUGAGGAACGAGUUAAUGUCUGGCUUGUUAUUGCCCACUGCUGGUCCUUUAGUGUUACUGCAUAUAAUAAAAAUGUUGCUCUGCGUUCUUUGUUGAA